AUGUCUCAAGACGCAAAUAAUAUUAUUGAUAUGCCUCAGCUCUCCUCUGAGAAUGUAGCAGAAAAAUUUUCUUCUGAACCCGAAAAUGCGGAUGACAAAGUAAAGAUCUCCGAAAAUGCGGAUGAAAAAGUAAAUAUCCCAGAAAUUGCAAAUGAAAAAUUAGAGAUCUUUGAAGAUAUUCAUGAAUCACGAUAUAAUAUGAACAAAACUCAAAUUUUAUUAGUUUUUGUUGGUCUUUCACUGGCUAUAUUUUUAGCUGCUUUAGAUCAAACUAUAGUUGCAACUGCCUUGCCAGCUAUUGCAUUAGACUUUAAAGCACUCGAUGAAAUCUCCUGGGUUGGAACUGCUUAUCUACUUACUGCGACUGCUUUCCAACCAACAUAUGGUGCACUUUCGGAUAUAUUUGGUCGUAAACCCGUCUUCCUCUCUGCGAUAUUUUUAUUUGAAUUUGGUUCUCUUUUGUGUGGUUUAUCAGUUAAUAUGACCAUGUUAAUCAUAUCGCGUGCUGUUGCAGGUCUAGGUAUUUUUUUUACACGUCGCGAAAUUAAUAAAAUUAUUAGUGGUGGUGGUCUUAUUGGACUUGUAUUGAUUAUUAUUUCAGAAAUAGUUCCAAUCAAAGAUCGUGGAAAAUAUCAAGGAAUGAUAGGUGGUUGUUUUGGUAUUGCUUCAGUUGUAGGCCCAUUAUUGGGUGGUGCUUUUACCGAUAGUGUCAUCACCUUUAUCUCUGUCAUCUUUUUAUUACAUCUUCCAUCUCCUACGGGUUCUUUUUGGUCAAAAUUAGCGCGUAUUGAUUGGUGGGGUGCACUUACUUUGGUUUCUGCCACUAUUCUCGUUUUACUUCCACUUAAUUGGGGUGGCUCAAAAUAUGAAUGGAGUGAUCCCAUUAUCAUUUCUUUAUUAUGCUUAGGUGGAGUUGGAUAUAUAUUAUUUAUUUUUGUUGAAGCCAGGAUCGCUGAACAACCAAUUGCUCCACCUACUACUUCAGGUUUAGAACUUCUUCCUCUUAUCUUGGGUGUAGUCGUUAUGGCCAUAUCUUCAGGUCAACUUGUUUCAAGGACUGUCUUCUUUUCUUACGGUUCACUUUGUAUUCUUGGAAGUAUUUUAAUGGCUGUAGGAUCUGGGUUAAUUAGCACAUUUGCACUCGAUACAAGUAAAGGUCAAAUAAUAGGUUAUUGUAUCAUUGCUGGUGUCGGCAUUGGGAUGAUUAUCCAAGUCACUGUGUUAGCUGGGCAAGGAAUUGCAGAACCUAAAGAUAUUGCUACUGUUACUUCAUUACUGGCAUUUUUCAGAACAAUGGGUGCAGUUUUUGGUGUAGCUAUCAUGGGUACAGUUUUUAACAAUGUAUUUAAUGCAAAUCUACCUUCACAAUAUCGAGGCUCUUUACAAAACUUUGGUUCAUCUACAACUGGCUCCGGAAAAGCUCCUGAAUUUAUACUUACCGCUUUUGUAUCAGCUUUAGAUACCUCAUUUAAAGUCGUGAUUAUUUUUGCAGGAUUAUCUCUUAUCUCUUCAAUACCUUUAAUAACUGUUAAACCACAUAGAGAUAAUUUUACCAAACCAUCUCUACCAGAGAUAUGA